UACCACGCCACAGCGUAGGCUCCGCAGUGCCGUCUCCGUUCAGAAAGCGGGACGGUUAAGCUUCGUGUGUGCAUUGCCUCUUAAUUAUCCUCGGCGACGGACACGCCGGAGCUUCCUGCGUGUGCGUGUGUGCGCGUCAUUGCAUUUCCUUCUACUGGGCCAGAAGCGGUAAGAAAAUCAGUUGAGCUGACCGUGUACCGAGCGGCGGCCGCAACCGUGGAGAGCGUUUGCUCUCCCCUCGUGAGUGAGGGCGUUCCAGACUCUAUGAAGGGCGCCCCCGCCGACCCACUUCAGCCUUCUGCAGCCUUGAACACAAGCUAGAGUGCUUGCCGCUCUUCACCAGGAAGCGUGUAGAGCUGACCGCUCGCUAACGAUGUAAUUAAACGUCGUUGUUCAUCGUUAUGUCGCCGCCGUGUCCUCUGCCUGCAUGGCCCCCUCGGGACUAGUGACUCGCUGCAAAGUGCAAUCAGCAUCACGCUCCGAACACCUGACUACCAGUCGUAACAGGGCGCACGGUAGUUAUGUUCUGGAUGCGAAGACCGCUUUCGGCCAGGCAGAUGUGGAACCACCGACGAAGUGACUGCGCAUUCUUUGCGCAGAAACCUCAACAGUUGUCGCACGAGAUGCGCUUCCGUGAGGCCCUUUCACGAGCAGGUUACGCAUUGGAAUACAGCGACGCCCACCUCGAAGAGACCCUGAGAAAAUUCGCGACAGGCUUGGUCGAUCCACGUGCGUUCAGCUCGGCCGUAGUGCUCGACCCCGUACUUAAAGCACGCAGCUUGGAAGGAUUCCUGGUCGACUCCGUGAGGGACCUCUUCUACGGGACUGCGUCCCGCCACCGAGAGGUAGGUAGCCUGACACACCUCUUCACCCGUAUUCGAAGGAAAGGUGUUUCGCCACUCGAGCACACCGAGUCAACCCGGACCAACCUGAAGCGACUGAUUAGCGUCGCUCAGAUGCAGCAGAUCGCGCAGGAACUUCACGAUGACAUAGUGACCACCGCGCCGGACGACAGCGCUGACGCGAAAGCGAUCGGUUCGGCGAAUAAGCUGAACACGAUGCUGAGCGAUGCACUAUUAACUCUGGCUUUCAAGACUGUGACUGACACAGCAGACGUAAGGGUUCUGGAGCUGUUCUCACGAAGCCUGGAACGAUUUUCGUCUUCGUACUUCGACGACAAGGAGAAGACAGAUGCUGCUGACGGUACACCGAUCAUGCAGCAGUGGUCCCGCUACCAAGUGUACAACACGGAACCGCUGGCCAACGCGUUCGAGUGCUCACAGCUCCUGGCGGGGGCCAACGCAGAGGAGCGUUCUGCAGCAAGGCAGUGCGGCAACGACCUCGCCCUCGCUAUCCAGGCCAUAAAAGAACUGGAUCUUUUCUUGAACCGCGAACGCCAUGGUCCGCUUGGCGACCCGCGAUCGCUUCCUGCAGUAUUAGCGAAUGCAGGGUCGAACAAGGCUUCUGAAGUACGGCGACAGUGCGGUGGCCCAAGAAGCGAGGCGGAUGCAGAAAAGAGCCAAAGAGAACAGCGAUGCAUCGUCGACGGAAUGAUCGGAGUGAUUCAAGGGCUGACAGACGGAGUGCUCGGGUACGUGGCCGACUGCGAGGCAUCCGAGGCAUCUGAAGCCUUGCGAGACAUCGCCUCCGCGCUAAGGAUCGAACACGUGAUUACGCCCACAUAGAUAUGAGCUUACAAUCGCUCUCAGUAUUUAUGUGGAACGCUCCGGGUCGCAAAUGACACGGCCCCUCGAUUGACAAGCCGCAGAGCUUGACGUGAUGAGAAUGCGAGGGCGCUGCUGUCACUACACGUGCAGACCCUUCCCCCCACCCCCCUAA